AUGGCGGACGAAGCCCCCCCGGUGUACACGUUGCACUACUUCCCCUUUUCUCUGUACUCUCUCAUGUCCCGUUUCGCUUUUGUUCUCGGCCAGGCGUUGAAUCCCGAAACAGCGCCGAGGCUCGAAGUGAAGAUGGUCAACCUUCAUCGAGAGGAGAAUUACUCGGAGAGGUAUCUCACACAAGUCAAUCCCAAGGGUCAAGUUCCGGCCCUCACAUCGCCGCUGCUCGACUCAAAUCUUGUUGAGAGCCGUGAUAUCGCCGGGUGGCUGUGCCAGAAGCAGCCAGAAUUGUUGCCUGAAGAGCAUCGCGAGACGAUUGAGCGUGUCAUGGACAAGAUUUACGCCUACCAUGCCAAAGCGCUGCUUGUAGCACCAGACGACAGGAAAGACGGGCUCCAGAAUCAGGCCGCCGCGAUGCUCGAGGAUCCGGAGCUCACGGAAGCGCACCGGAGAGCGCUGGAGAUCAAGAGUGUCUUGACUCUUGAGCCAGAAAACAUUCUGCGGGCCGAGAACCAAGCGCAUGAUUUGAUGUCAGAUCUGGCUACCCUUCUUGAAGUCCACAAAGGCGAGGGUAAGACCUGGAUUUUCGGCGACAGGCCCACGAUCCUGGACGCACAUGCAGUAGCUUUCGCUGCGCGCCUGCUAGACCAGCAGAGAUUCGACCUGGUGCUGGAUGCGGUAAAGGGCUAUGUCGAAGUGGUUCGGGACACAGACGAGUGGCGCAAGGUCACUCACGGACGGUCGACGUUAUGGAACGUGUCAAUGGGCCACGCCGCAGAUUUGGAUCCGCUCUGA